CCACCGGACCUGCCGUGCGGGGUGGUGCGUUGCCGCGGAGUGUGUUUUGCUUCAUGUUUUGUUGUGGCCAUAAGCUGAAUGUGGGCUCUCUGUCCGCUCUGACACCACGGAGGGAAGCCCCCUGACCCCCCUCCCCCUCGGUCCUCCCUCCUCCGGACCCGCGGGCUCGGCGAGCGGCUCCAUCCGGCUCCAUCACAAUCCAGGAAAUGCGGACCGCUGGCUCAUUCGCCACCGGAUAAAUGGCUGCAGCUGUCGUACAGUAGCAAACUGUAAAAUGCAGUGAGGUUCACGGCUGGUGUCUCCUUUGAAUUUGUAUUUACAGAGCCUGUGAAGCGUCUCUGAGGGGGGAAGACCAGACUGCUCUGUCAGAACUAUUCAGAGAUUGACCUGGCAACACAAUUGAGGACCAGCAAAGGAUAUGCAGAGAAGACCGUGAGCGGGCUGGUAGGAUGGCUGCAGCUGGACAGAAGCAUAGCCGCUGUACACUGAGAAAUGAUCUAUGUUUACCUCCAUCAGUGCUGCUCCAGGGCCCAUUUUAACAAUGCCUCACUUGGUCCGCUUGAAUAACUUAAGGCCCACGCUGAAAAAGGCCCUUUGUUGUGAUUUACAAUCACUGUCCACAACCCCUUGUCUCUGACCUCCCUGCUGCCAUGCGGUUAGGCCCAUGAGGCUCCAAGGGCCCUUGCUUAUGCAUCUGUGAGGCCUCCUCCUCACUCUAUGGAGGCUGAGCCCAGCCAUUCGGCUGAUGGGGAGUGCUCUGGUAGACAAGAGCAGCAGCAUGUGACAGCUGAAUCCCCACUUGGGUCUUGUCCACCGCAACAGCCCCAGCAGCCUUCAAACCCUCGUCCUGUACACAGAGCUUUGGGUCGACUGCAGAAUCGUCAGCCCAAACGCGCUGAUCUUCUUCGGUUACAGCAGCAAGCAGUAGCAUGGCAGCAAACGGACACUCCAGGUCCUUCAGGAGGCAGCUUUUUCUCUCCAGGUUCUGCAUCGACCUCAUCUCUUCCUUCUACGUCCUCCACCCAGGUUGAGCAUGGUCACAGGAUCCCAUCUCAGUCAAGCCAAGAGACUAAAGAAGGGGUUACCUCUCCAAGAAAAGGAGAGAAGAAACCCCAAAAACCAGGGAAAUAUGUGUGCACUUACUGUGGCCGUCCAUGUGCCAAGCCAAGUGUUCUUCAGAAACACAUUCGCUCCCAUACAGGAGAAAGACCUUAUCCGUGUGCCCCGUGUGGUUUUUCUUUCAAAACCAAGAGUAAUCUGUACAAGCACCGCAAGUCCCAUGCCCAUCGCAUUAAGGCAGGUCUCUUGUCCAGUCGAGAUGAGACCAGUUUGAGUGGACCAGACUGCAGUGGUAUUGGAGAGGACCCUGAGGAGCCUACUGAGGGUGAAAGCACAGAGUCAGAGGAUGAGACUGGCCAACACAGGAAAUCUUCUAAGGAGACUUUGGCACGACAGAAGAAAGGUGGCAAGGAACUGCUCGGAGUGUCAGAAGAAAGCCCGAGGCCUGAGGAUUCUCAGGCUGUCAAGCAACGGCUGGCACUGAGGCUUAGUGAAAGAAAACGUGGACCCAUGGCUUCUCCUGAUGAUCCUCCUUCAUCUCUCUCCACCUCGUCUUCGUCUCUUGGGCCUGGCAGUAAAGGCAGCACAGAGUCUGGUUACUUUUCUGGAUCUGGCAGCACUGACCUGCCCCAAGUUAGCCCUCCGAGUGCCAGUGCCAAAACCUACGCAGAAAUCAUUCUUGGGAAAUAUGGAAGGUUGGGAGGGCAGCAGCGUAGUCCACAUUCCCAGCAUUCUCAUUCUCCCCUUUCUGCAUUGUCUGGGACAGAGGAGAAGAGUAUUUCUUUUACUGUACCCAAAACCCAAGUAAUUGAACACAUUACCAAGCUCAUCACUAUCAAUGAAGCAGUGGUAGACACCAGUGAGAUUGACAGUGUUAAGCCUCGACGCUCCUCUCUGUCAAGGAAAAGUAGCUUCGAGUCACCCAAAUUGACUACCCAAAAAGACCCCUACACAUUUGAUCCAAAGGGAGAAGCCCCAGGUCCCAGUGGCUUGAGCCACUUACACAAUCCUGAAACAGAUCCACCAGUUACCCAAACGUUGUCAACAGCGCCCCUGCUCCGAAGCCGCUCGAUGCCAUCAUCUACGAGCCAGCAAGAGUUAUCUGUGUCUGGAAACAGGUCCACCAGAGGUUAUCGUCUCUGCCAGUCUUUUGAUGAGCAGCAGGCUGCGGCAGCAGAGAUUAACAUUGUUCAUGCCCACCGUAUGUUGAGGCGCCAACCUGCCAUAGAGGUUCCCUUGGGAGCAGAGCUUAUGUUGGAGGACACUCCCCCCAACUCAUCUUCUUCGUCCAAAAGCACAGACGGAGCCAGACACCCACAGCAACAACCGCCGCAAAGUACUUUGAGCCCAUUUGAAUGCAAAGUAUGCGGGACAUGUUUCCAGCAUAGUGACAAUUACAUGGCUCAUACAGGCAUCUGCAAAGGGCAGAAAACACUGGAACAGGAGAGUGGCGAUGCAAGUAAGACCUGCAGAGAGGAUCGCCCCCAGAUGAUGCAGUAUAAAUUCAGAGCACUGGCGAUGGCUGUAAGAAAGAGGAGGAAAGAGGAGAGUAUCGAAGAGGAUCUUCCGAGUCCUGGGUCUGUAGUCAUGUCAGAGAGUUCUGCAGGCCUCAUUCCAGUGGCAACUCAAGGACACAGCCAGACACUCUCAGGUGUGCUCCCACAUUACUACAUUGGAAUGAAAACGUUAUUGUCUGGAGAGACAGAGUCAGGACAACAGCAGCAAGACAGAAAAGGUGUGUCUGUCAUCCAACACACAAGCUCCUUUGAAAAGCAGGAGACAGUCUCCAUGGAAAGUGAGCUAUCAGACGUCAAGGAGGCUCACCUAGCACAACAACCUCAUCCAAAACCAUCACCCUCUACAUCACGCCUCAUCCGCCAGCACAACAUCCAAGUUCCGGAGAUCCUUGUCACAGUGGAACCUGAUGCUGACAUGACAUCUGUGUCACCACCAGCGACAGCGUCUUCUUCGAAGGAGACAGAAAAAGUGGAGGAGUUCCAGUGGCCGCAACGUAGCCAGACUCUGGCCCAACUCCCUGCGGAGAAACUGCCCCCAAAGAAGAAAAGACUCCGCUUAGCUGAGGCAGCGCAGUCCUCAGGGGAGUCUAGCUUUGAGUCUGUGUCCCUGCCACGCAGCCCCAGUCAAGAGAGCAGCAUGUCUCACACUUCAAGUCUUUCCGCUUCUUUUGAAGAUGCAGCAAGGACAGAGCCUACAAUCUGGGGCUCCAGUAGCCAAAGCACCCAAAUGUUGACAGUACCAUCCACCUCCCACCAACACAACCAAAGCCACAAGGAGAUGAGGCGUUCAGCUUCAGAGCAGGCCCCUCAAAAAACAGAGCAGGUCUCCGAAAUCAGAAGUAAAUCUUUUGAUUUGGGUUCCUUGUCAUCUCAGCAGUCAGCAUCGUCGUGGAAGGAACGGAGGAAGUGUCUCCUUGUGAAGCAUGCUACCUUAGGAGACUCCGAGCAAGAGGAGGGGGCUGGCAUGAGUCAAUUAUCCAGAGCAGACAGUCCAAAGCCUGGGCCUUCCCAUUUGAGCCACCCUUUGGUCCACUCAAGCUCCCCCUUCAAUCCAGAGGACACAGAGAAUGUCUUGCAGCUGUUGCAGCCACAAAUUCUCUCUCGAGAUGUGCUUCCUCCACAUCCAAGCAGCCAACAAACAUUCCCUCUUAGAUCCACGGCUACACAGUUUAUUAGCAGAAGCUUUUUACAUUCACAAACUGCCCCACCUGUACACCCAAUGCAGAUCCACAUGGCUGAACAGAUGGGUAUACCGCCCCAUCAACUUCCUGCUUUAGUUCCUGUCCAGUUUCCCUCCAUAAGUACUUCUAACCAGGCUCUGUACUUGCCUUCCCCUCCAUUACAUUCCACACAUGCUGUUUCGCCUGCUUCCACAGAUGGAAGAGCCUCCUCCAUGUCUUUUGCUCUUACCCAGCAAUCCCUUGUUACAAUUUCUUACCCCUACCCACGGCCUGUGAUUGCCACUUGUGUGGCACAGCUUUCACCCGCAGUGUCCCUGGUGGUGCCAGUCCGCCUCCAAACCCAUAUACCUACCUAUGCCCGUGCCAUGUACACCACCUUGUCCCAGAUCCUCACCUCUGCUUGUCCACAAGAGCCCAUUUUUUGCACAGCCAUGACAAUCAUGGGCCAAGUAGAACGGAGCAUGUUGCAGAGGUCUUAUCUGAAGGUCCCCUCACCAGACAUUAAGAGUCUCCUUCCACUGUCCCUUCCUGGAGAGGGGACAUCAGUUGAAGAAUACGGUCCACUUGGCGCUGGUGGGAGUAAACGCAUGCUCUCACCUGCAGCCAGUCUGGAGCUCAGUACUGAGGCUCAGCGUCACCAGAAAAGGGUGAAAGAGGAAGAGGAGGGGGAACAACACAAGUCUGGAGAAGAUGUGGAGGAUGUAGAGGGCAAGUUACGCAGAGAUGGACGAAGUAAAGCUGCUGGGGAACAACUGGAAGAGAAAAAAGAUAUGCUUGAGGUAACAACUGUAAAAGAAGAGGGCAAGCAAAGGGAAAAAAAACAGGGAGAAGAAUCAACUGGGAGAAGUCGAAAGCAGGAGGAGCCUCCUGUGGAGGAGAAGCUUGAGAGACCAAACACCCGUUCGUACCCCAGCCUCCACACAUUCACCUCUGUCAACUGGUGCUAUCUGAACUAUGUCAAACCCAACCCGACCGCACAGAGGGACCCCAACACCUCCGUUUAUUCUACCUGGAGUGUCAGCGGACACAACCCAAACUUGCCAGGCCUCAGCACUAAGGUGGCUUUGUCUCUGCUGUGCUCCAAACAGAAGCACUGCUCAGAGACGUACACCAUCGCCAUGGCUCCAAAUCCAGCCAAAAUCAAAAAUCCCCCUUCAAGUAGCAGCGCUCCACGAGUAUCAGAGGUACAUCCCAUUACAGCCAGUUCAUCCACUGAUGUAACAGAUCACCAGCAUGAAAAGGAGGACAAUAAAGAGACCAGAGAAAAGGAGGCACCUUCCACCUCCAAACACAGCGAAACAUCUCGUGUCCGCAUUUUUGAAGGAGGGUAUAAGUCAAACGAAGAGUAUAUUUACGUUCGAGGGCGUGGCAGAGGAAAAUACAUAUGUGGGGAGUGCGGCAUCCGCUGUAAGAAGCCCAGCAUGCUGAAGAAGCACAUCCGAACACACACUGAUGUCCGUCCAUACAUUUGCAAACACUGCAACUUUGCCUUCAAAACCAAAGGGAACCUUACCAAACACAUGAAGUCAAAAGCUCAUGGGAAAAAGUGCCAGGCAAUGGGAGUAUCUGAACCAUCCGCCGAUGAGCCAGAGAGUGAGGAAACAGGGGGACGCGAGGAGCGUGCCUGUUACUCAGAGGAGCAGGAAGAACACCGGUUUUCCAACAUAGAGGAGUCUGAGGACGAUGAUGACAACGACGAUGACGAUGACGAAGACGAGGAAGAGGAAUCGCACGAUGACCCUCCUUCCUCUUGUUCGUCCGACACCCAUGUAUCGACGGGGGGUCGUUCCAAAUGCAGCGGGCUCUCUCGGCAGUGUACUCCGGAGCCUGAGCGCGCAGGUCCAAGUCCCAGUCCCGGCUUGGAGGCCUCCCAAAGGGGGGCUUGGCACAGUAGACGUGCCGCCUCACCGGGCAGCAGGAAAGCACUGUUCUCCCGGCGGAGCUGGAAGGCUUCACCGAGAACCUUCUCCCCCAGCAGUGAGAGCUGUUCCCCCAGUCACAGUCUGUCCCCGCGCCUGGAGCUGUCCUCACCCGUCCAGAGUCUGUCCCCCAGGACAGAGCUACCCUCGCCCGGCCGACAAGUGUCACCGUCCCCUGAAAGAGGACCCUCUCCUGUCAGACCCGUCUCGCCUCUUCGUCCCAUCUUGUCAGGCUGCUACAGGUUAUCACAAGCUAGGACACCACCCUUGCCGGUUGCAGUUCAGCAGAGGACGCUUGGAUAUCUUCCCUGGGAACACCUCAGUACAAAGGGUAGCUAUGUGAAAGUGGACAGAAGUGGUACUGCAGGGCAAGGACAAAUAUUGUCAGAAACCUUGUUUCCGCCUGCUUUUCGUCUCUCCACAUGUGAGAGUUACCCCGGCCAGCAAGCAGCAGCAGACAACAUCUUCAGCCAUCUUCCCAUGCACUCCCAACAAGCCAAGGUCCCCUAUCUGAUGAUUCCCAUCGGAGGAAUUCAAAUGGUACAAGCCAGGCCGCGGUCCAAUCCUUCCACCCCCUUGUCCCCCAUGUCUCCUUCUAUGGAGGGGCCCUCACCGGCCAGGUUUGACUCAUACUGGGGCGGGACCCCAGGACCUCAAGGGAGUAGGACUCCUGGAAGUGACUGGUCAGACUUCCAGACGGCAGGAGCCAGCCAGUCAGGACAGUGCAGCGUCAGUGCACAAGCGCUAACUUCCAAACUGGAAUUGGAGACGACAGACUCAAAGCAAUAUGGCAGCUCACAAAGCUCCGCCCGCACGUGUCGGCGCACUACUGAGACGAGCGAGCGUUGCGUCAAAGACGGACGCUCUGAGUCGUCGUUCAGUUCAGCAGCCCCUGUAUCCCUGCGGCUGAUUGGACGGCAGCCAGAGGGGGAGGAGCCACCUUGUGGAAGUGAGCAGGUGAAGGGAGGAAGUAGAGUAGACACAGCAAGAACAGACCAGAGCACCUAAUAGCGUCAACACUUUGAUGCAUCUCCAAUUUGCUUUAUCAGUCGUGACACAAUUUGCUUUCUUUUUUAUACCAUUUUCAAAACAAUUGUUAACUUAAAUGUUUGGCAAUAUUCAGGUUUGUCAUUUUAAAAAUGCACUUUUUUUCGUUGUGAAAAUAAUGUUUCUGUAAAUGUAUAUAUGAAAAUGAUAUAUAAAUAUAAAGUUCCCGUAUCUGUAUCGAUACUGGUAAUCUUACUGUCUGUUUGAAUAUGUGUCAAGGUAAUAUGAGCAUUUGUAAAUGACCAAAAUCUUUAAUCAAGAAUUACAUUUUUGUUUAUCUUUUCCAGUAUUACUCCAAUUGUAGUUACUUGUGCCUUUUCUGUCCAGGUUUGUGUUUUGAGCUGUAUAGUACAGAUAGAAAAUGAGAAGGCUGUGAAACUUUAUAUUGGAUUUUUGUGUCGUUACGGAAGAUUUAUAUUCGGUGUUCUGUUUUUGUUCUUAAUACUGUUGCUUUAAUUCCAGGGUAACCAAGAGUCACAUUAAUGAUAUUUUGAAGGAGCAGCAGAAAGCCGUCAAAGGAAAUGCACUGAAGUUCUAUUUUUUAUUGUAAGAGACUUUGGAUGAGGUAUGUCUUUACAGGGACGAGCGCUCCUUAUUUAUUGCUAUUUGAUGACAAUGACCGUUGUUUCAAAGUUGUUGUUUUAUUUUUUACUCUUUGUUAUUGGAGAAAACAUGUUUUCUUUUCUUACUAUUUUCCAUGAUGUCCAUGUGAUUUGAACUGGUGAACAAAGAUGAGGGAUUGACUGGUACCGACGGAUCAAGUGCCCUGCAAAUUUCUCACACAACCAAAUUUGCAGUCAUUGGGGAAAAAAUACAAAUAAAAAAACAUUGCACCAAA